CGUUGUUGCGCGCUACAAAACAAUGUUACUAACAUGCGUGCUGGUUUCUUUUAUCUGUUUAAUAGUGAGAGCCGAAUUUGAAGCUGGCUAUUAUUGGCUGGACUACAGCGGAGGUCCUAUAUCCGAAAACUGUUUAAAAUUAGACGUUAACAGCGAUGUCUACGUAGGGCAGGUGUACAAAAAACCAUACGAAUUGCUUCCUGCAUCAGUUCGUAUCCAAUCACCACUUGCUACAGGGAAUGCUUACGAUGUCACUUACACGAGCAACAAAUAUGUUAAGAUUGUUUGCAGUCAGUUCCCAGAAAACUUCAAGUGGGUAAGGACGAACUUCUCAAAGUACCUUUCAGUUCCAAAUCUGGUGCCCAGUGGGGAGGAAGUCGGCAUACCUGCGUACAUUGGUCGAGCCUAUGAAAAUGGCAAGCCGUAUUUGGGGAAACUGGGAAAAGUACUCGUUUACCCUGUUGGAACAAAGGCAAAGUACACCUCUGGUCCAUUUGAUGUUCUUACAUACACAAAGCCAGAGUAUGACAAUUGUGGUGUGAUUUGUCCACGAUAACGAGCAAUCCAAGGCUUGGGAUUGGAUUGAAGCUGUGCACACCGAUAUCUGGAAAGUCAUAAUUUCCAUCAGCAUAAAAAGCAGUGGAUAUUUCAAAUGUCCUAAAGGGAAAAAUAAUAAAAAUUUGUAUAUAAUGUGUAGAAAAUUUCUAUAUGUUCAUUUGGCCAACAACAUAUUUUAAU